AUCUAUACCACACAGAGUGCGGCUGUCAUGUACUGCUAUGGCGCGGUCUAAUGCAACCUGUCUUUACGCCUUUAGAGCACCCUCGCUCGCCUGUCGCCUUCGUGCUUGCACAGCCGUCCCAGGCAGGUGAUGACAGCCAUCGCGUAGCUCUAGCUGCGGCAGAUGCCGAUUUCGCAACUUCGCCUCAACCGUCAUCUUCUCGCUACUCGUCCUGCUCGCUGCCUGCAUACUCUCCGUCUCUCAACUAGAUUCUUUGCGCAUCCCAGGGGCUCCAGCACUCAGUCUUGCUCAAAGUCACGCCUCACAAUCGCGAUGGUGCCACCUCCGACCCUCUCACCCGAUGACUUCCACUUCGACUCAAUGGGCACCACCGAGGACAUCGUUCGCUACUGCCGCGGUGGCUAUCAUCCCGUCACUAUCGGGGACUUCUUGAAAGGAGCUCGUGGCUCGUAUCGCGUCAUGCACAAGCUGGGCUUCGGCUCGUAUGCAACGGUCUGGCUGGCGCAGAGGGUGAAGUCUGCGAGAGGAAAGACAAGUGCUGCGUCGGACGCGGAGACAGGCACCACGUCGGGAGGCUUUGUGUCUCUGAAGAUCACGAUAGCAGAUGAGCAAGGCGACAAGGAGGCUGAGAUGCUCGAGCUGGCGACGGGAUCGGGGAAAGCGGAUGCUGAAGGGAUGGGUAUCGAUGGUCCCUCGCAUGUCUUGACGCUGCUGGAUAGAUUUGAGCACCGAGGGCCCAAUGGUGUGCACUGGGUCAUCGUGACUGAUGUUGUCGCGCCACUUCUGUCUUUCCAUAUCUCGCGACGACUGCCCAGGUGGCGCAAGAUCGCUGCGUAUGGGCUGGCCAAAGCCGUGGCACAGUUGCACGCUGCGGGAGUUGUGCAUGGAGACCUCCACCUUGGGAACGUCGGCGUCGCGAUGCCCCAGUUGGCCGAGCAGGACCCGUUCGACGUCAUGCAAGACCUCGACGCGUACGAGCUCACUGUCGUCCUCCCCGUUGACCCCGCGAAUCAGACGCCUUCUCUACCGCCCUACGUCGUAAAGCCGUGCGACUUGGCUGCGUAUUACGAUAGGAUAGCUGGCGAGACUGAGCCGCAGACUAAGUUGUUUGAUUUCGGGAAUGCGCACAAAGCCGGCACUCUGCCUAUAGCCUUUCAGUGCGCACCCGAGGCGUGCUCGCCAGAGGUCGCGUUCGCGCGUGUGGUCGAGAAAGUGCGAAAUCCUCCUGUCGAGCCGCGGUCAGAUGUUUGGGCGCUCGGUGCAUCCAUAUACGAGAUCGUCACCGGCUCCUCCCUCUUCCACGGCGUUGGCAUCAACGGCCUCCCGCAAUGUGCAGCAGCGAUGUCACCCACGAUACCGCCCAGUUGGAAGGAGUGGUGGGAAAGCACGCCGCGUCCGCCGCCGAAUCCCGAAGCAUGGUGGAUGGAGCAUCGGACGAGGCUUCGGGUUGGGUGCGAGAGUGAUGAAGAUUCGGAGGCGUUGACAAGGCUGCUGAAGAGCAUUUUGGUGCUUGAACCGGAAAAAAGGCUGUCGGCGGCGGAAAUUGUUAGCGAUGAGUGGUUUCGAGAGGUGCAGUAAGGAGAAAUUCUUGGAGCCAGUGAAUAUUGCGCUAGGACCCCACCAGCCACUCAAGUCAGCCCACUGCUUGGCUCAAACGUUCCCAAGGCGAUCCUAAAUGGCAGAAUCGGCGCACCGGCUGGAAUUCCCGGUCAAGUUCAACAGUGACACUGACAGCUCGUGGCGUGACAUCAUCUGAUUCGGCACCUGCCGGGUGGCAACCAUCGC